AUGUCAACCAAACCCGCCAGUGUCCUCGUCCACGGCGCGUGGCACUCACCUCAAGCAUAUAUCAAGUUUACUACCGCACUCCAAGAGCGAGGCUUCGAUGUUCACGCCCCUCAAUUGCCCUCAUGUACUGGGCCGCGUGCAGCAGGGACCAGUUCAAUCAGAGACUCUCUAGUUGUCCGCCAGCUGGUCGAGCAGCUCGCCGACGGAGGCCGGACCAUCAUCGUAAUCAUGCACUCCUACGGCGGCGUAGUCGGCUGCAAUGCGGUCGAAAACCUCGAUGUGCAAUCGCGUACGGCGCGAGGCAAGACCGGCGGCGUCGCACACUUGAUCGCGAUUGCAGCAAUGAUAUACCCCAAGGGGUACAACGUCGUUGAUAUCGCACAUGAAAUGAACGACGAGAAGAUCCUGACGACAAUGGAAAUCGCCGAGGACGGCAGCUCUUUCCUGAAAGAUCCCAGAGCGACCUGCUACAAUGACACCUCGGAUGAAGAGGUAGAGGUUGUUCUUAAGACACUGGCACGCUGCGAUGUACAAAGCAUGGAAGAGAGAGUCCAUUUUGAAGCGUGGAGGGUUCUGCCGUUAACUUACAUUUUGGCCAUAAAAGAUGCCGCUCUGCCGCAAUAUCAUCAGCAGUGUGUCCUGGAUAAGUUGGAGGCGGCUGGGCAUAAGGCCGACGUUAGGACAUUCGACUCGGACCAUUCCCCAUUCCUUUCGAAGCUUCGGGAGACAGUACAGGUUGUCGAAGAUGUGGCAGGAAAACUUUCAAGCAGAUCAUGA